CAUAUUGCCCGACCUAUUAAAAAAAUACAAGUAAGCAGCUACUUGACACACAUACUUUUCAAUUCCUAGUCUAAAACAUUGCGCUUUUCACACCAUGAAAGUGUUAGCAAUAACGCUAUGGGUUCUCUUGUUUUUUAUUUUGACAAACACCAAGUUUGUUGUUUGUGUAGGCAUUUGCAGAUAAAAUGAGCAACGAGCAUUGGAGAGCUCGAAGAAAGAAGUAGAUGAUCCCACAGAUCUUCUCUCUUCUUGGGUUGUUGGAAAAGAUUGUUGCGAAUGGGAAGGGGUCGUGUGUAACAAUCUAACUCGUCAUGUGAUUGAGCUACACAUAGUUAGUGAUUGGGAAGAAUCGGGAUAUCUAAGGAUCAAUAGCCUUGACUGGCUGCCAAGUCUUUUGAGUCUUGAGCACUUGGAGAUGCGUGAGGUGGAUCUCAACAAAGCAACUAACUGGCUACAGGUCAUUAACAUGCUUCCUUCUCUUGUUGAUCUUAGUUUAUCCGAUUGUAAACUUAAUCAUAUACAACCUCUACUUUAUCACAAUUUUUCUUCACUUGAAACCCUUGAUCUUUCUGGGAACAACUUUAAUUCUCCUGUUCCCAAAUGGGUUUUCAACCUCGCCAGUCUCGUUUCUCUUGAAUUGGUAGGCAGUAAUUUUAGCGGCCCGUUUCCUGACGGUCCAGUUAACUUGACUUCUCUCACAACCUUCCGUGCUUCUUAUAACUCCUUUAAUUGUCUUUUACCCAAAUGGUUAUUUGAUAUAAGUAAUAUUGAAUAUAUUAUUCUCAUAGAGAGUGGACUUGAAGGUGCGAUACCGAGUAAGAGCGAAAACAUAACAAAACUUAAAAGUCUCGAUCUUUUUCAGAAUAUGCUUUCUGGAAAGUUACCAAAUGUAAUUGGAAAGUUAAAGAAAUUAGAAUAUCUUGGUCUCUCAAAUAAUCUAUUUGAUGGGGAAGUAUCUUAUCAGUUAGAGAUCUUAAACCUUGGGGAAAACGAUUUAUCAGAAGAAAUUCCUGAUUGUUGGAUGAAUUGGCCAAAUUUGACAGUUUUAAUCUUGAGGGACAAUAACUUGAUUGGAGGCUUACCAAGAUCCAUGAAGGUUUUGAGUAAUUUGCGAUCCUUGGACUUCCGAAGAAAUAGACUUAAUGGUCCAUUUCCUUCAUCCUUGGGAAACUGCACAAAACUGCAUAAAAUAGAUUUAGCUGAGAAUGAGUUUGUUGGAAAAUUACCUUCUUGGUUGGGAUUGAGGUUUCCAACCUUGGUAGUCCUUAUCCUUCGGUCCAAUAAAUUCGAUGGUGAAUUGCCUCAAGAACUUUGUCGCCUCAAAGAUCUUCAGAUCUUAGACCUUGCAAACAAUACAUUCAUUGGAAUCAUACCAAGGUGUAUUAGCAAUUUCAGUGCAAUGGUCAAAGGAAAAACGGAACUGGAGGAUUAUGAGUUAAAUUAUUCCCAUUAUUUUGGACAUCUAAUAGAGAGCGCAAUGGUGAUUACUAAAGGCAACAUGUAUCAGUAUGACACCAUUUUGGUGUUGUUUACAAGUAUGGAUAUGUCUAGCAAUUAUCUUUCUGGACAUAUUCCUAUAGGCCUAGCAUGUCUUGAAGGAUUAAGAUCAUUUAAUUUUUCCAAAAAUAACCUAACUGGUGGGAUUCCAAAUGGUAUUGGCGACAUGAAAGUAUUGGAAUCUGUUGAUCUUUCAGAAAAUCAACUUUAUGGUCAAAUCCCACAAAGCUUUUCGAGUUUGUUCACUUUGAGCUACUUGAAUCUAUCUGAUAACAAUUUAUCAGGUAUGAUACCAUUGAGCACUCAACUUCAAAGCUUUGAUCCCACUAGUUUUCAAGGAAACAAUCUCUGCGGGCUUCCACUGUUGGUGAAUUGCAGUUCAGGUGGUAAAACUCCAAAUCGUGAGUAUACAGAAGAUGAGAAUGACAAAGAUGAAGUGGAUUGUUCUAUAUUUCAAUGGCAAUAGGAUUUGCACUAAGUUUUUGGGGUGUAUGUGGUUCAUUGCUUUUUAAGAGAUCAUGGAGACAUGCUUAUUUUCGUUUCUUAGACCGUAGCUGGGAAAUGUUGCUUGCAAAGGCUCCGAUAUGUUGAGAGAUAUGACUAAGUCCGUUGUUUGGGGUAGGAGUGAGAGAUGGAGGCGGAUUGGGAGGAGGAAAUGGUUGAAGCAAAGGAGCUCCGUAAGGGCGUUGUAGAUUCCCAGGGGGAUGAAGUGGAGGAGCAGGAGGCACAGAUGAAGAAACAGGUGGUAUCAGUGGAUAACAGGAAGAAGGAGGACCAAAGAAUGAUGAUGGAUUCACUAGAUUUGAAGACCUUUUGGUAUCUGGUUCAGGAGCAUCAACAAGGGUAGGAAUCAAAGUGGAAGAUGUAGAAAGAGAAGGAGAUGGUGCAGAAGAGGGAGGUACAACAACAAGAGCAAGAGGAGGAGGUAGGACUACUGCAGAUGCGUCUUACAACUGUCCCUGAACUGCAGCAUUUGGACCACUCCCAAUUCUCAUAGCAUUAUGCAAAAUGAGAUGCUAAAAAUUUCAGUCACGUUAACAAUGCGUGUAACAAGAACAUCAUACAAAGAAAAUUUUCAUCUCUAACAUGGUACUAGUCUAGAAGUAUCUCCAGUUAAAUUACUUACAUAAUCCCGAUAUAGAAGGAUGGAAUAAUCCAUCAAAUGAGUCAGAUAUUACUUCUUUGAAAUAGUACGGAAUCUCAGUUGGUCCCCAAUGGAUAACGUAACGUUUUGAAAUGUCACAUGAGAAUUCUUAAAAGUACCAUAUGGUUAAUUAACAUAUUGUAUGCAUAUUGUACAAAGAUGUCACUAAUACUUUUGCAGGACUGCCUGUUAUAAGAAUUAACAAUCCCAAAGUCAAGGUUAAUGACAGAAAGUACUUGGAUCUUCCAAAGGAACUCACAUAUGGAUUAGACAUUAUUAACACUGCAUAAC